GCGCUUCCUUUCUGCGCUCGCGCUCGGCGUGGUGGCACCAGACGCGCCCUCGACAUGCAGAACGACGCCGGCGAGUUCGUGGACCUGUACGUGCCGCGGAAAUGCUCCGCCAGCAACCGCAUCAUCGGCGCCAAGGAUCACGCGUCCAUCCAGAUGAACGUGGCUGAGGUUGACAAAGUGACAGGCAGGUUCAACGGUCAGUUUAAGACGUACGCCAUCUGCGGGGCCAUCCGCAGGAUGGGCGAGUCAGAUGACUCUAUUCUCCGACUGGCCAAGGCUGAUGGCAUCGUCUCAAAGAACUUCUGAGUGGAGAGGAUCACGGAUGUGGAAUACUUGUCAUAAAUAAAGAAUGGAAACCCA